AUGUCUUUCUCCACUCAUGCCGAGUAUGACCUCACCAAGAACCCUCAGGCUGUCCCUCAGUUCCUUCUCGAUGCCUGGGUUCUGACGGUUAGUGUUGAGUUCCUCGAGCUAAACUCGAAAGGUGUGGCCGUCACGGAGAUGAACAACGAAAGAAAUCAUGUUGUUCUCAAGUUUUCCCUCCUUCAUAAAGUCGAGGGCCUCAUGACCGUAUGCCUGGACAUGAGAAUGAACGAUAGUCGAAGAAGGACCGAGUCAGAUGAUGGAUAUCAAAUAUAUCAGCUUGGUAAACUCAUCAUUUAUACUCUUGAUCGGAAAAGAGAAUAUACCUGUUCGGCCCGUACUUACACUGUUCAUCUGAUUGAGUGCUUGAAAUUCGAGGAAAUCAUCCUCGACAUCACUGAAUCAGGCAUACAGCAUUUCAGCUUUGUCAAUGUCCACGACAGUAUUCAAGUCCUACAUUUGCGCAAAGCAAAACGCCACAUAGGAUCAAGGGUUGUCGAGUUAGAUCUAGACAGUCCCACAGCUAUCAAUGAUAUCUACCAAGCCUUGGGACAACGUUAUACGCCCAAGGGAAUCUUCGAGUGCCCUAUCGACAGGGGAAUCUUUGAGGGCUUUAUCGACAAGGGAUACCUCCGCAACUAUGAGCGCCAGGAAACCGACGGCAUGCCAUACGCUUUAUAA